GUUUAUUCUUUCUUCUCCUCUUUGAAAGAGUGAUGUGAGCAGAGCAGAAGGGAAAGACACACCCGAUCAUACCGUUCUCCAACUAUAUUUGUGCAGCGAAUAUGCAGCACACCUCCGACUCCUUCGACGCAGCGUCGCGGCCCCACCUCCAGCGCGAGCACCCGUGCUCCCCAUCCCCCGUCUCCCACGACGCAACUUCGGGCGACUCCCCUGCAGUAAAGGUUCUGAAAGGAAUGGGCCCUCAACCCUUUCUGAGGCAACGACGUCUGCCGUCCAUUCUGCUCGACAGCUGGGAGUUCCGCAAGCUGGCCCCGGAAGGCUCCGUGUUGGCGAACGCGAUGGUGUCGUACGACGUGGACGACGAUGGGGUGGAGGAGGUCAUCGUCGGCACGACGGAGGGCUUAUUGUGUGUGGUGAAGCCGGACUGCCGCGCCCCGCUGUUCCCGCGUGUGCUGGCCGCCACCAUCUCCGUGGUGCUCUACACUCCAAUUCAGAAGCGGCUGGUGCUCGUCACGCUGGAAGGCCAGUGUGAAGUGAUUGACUACUUCCUGUGCCCAGCGCACCAGCUACCGCAGCACGGCCGCACGCGCACGCCGUCGUGCGGAGCUGACGGCGGCGCACUCACCCAUCAGUCCACAGAAAGUACGACCUCAUCCUCACGUAGUCCGCACAAUAUCAAUAUCAAUAGCAGCAGCAGCGGCGGCGGUGCUGCGGUGAGUGCUUCUCUAUCGCCCGGUGCGGGCAACCCGCUCAGUGCGCCUCCAAACAGUACGCUGUGGAGCAACCGGUCCCACACCUCGACGAGGCAUCCGCUGCUGUAUGAAACAGCGGUCCAAUCGACGACGUCACCGACGCACGUCUUCCACGUCCCCUCCAACUGCCUCUGCGCCGACCUCUCCACAGAUGCCGAGGCGAGCCUCAUCUUCCUCGGCUCCUACGACCGUCGCUUCUACGUUUACGCCAUCGCCACCGGCUCGUGCCUGCUCUCCCUCUUCGUGCACGACCCGAUCACUUCCGUGAAGGCCUUCGCCGUCCCGGCGGCGGCGGCACACGGUCGAAAGACGCCGACGAGCUCCUCCUCCAUCUCCAUUUACGACUGCACAGGGAAGCACGGUGGCAGGUCACGCACCGGCGCCAAUCGCGCACGUGAGCGCCGCCGCAACUCCGCUGAGGUCUCCACGCACACGGUGGAGUACCGCUCCCCCGGGCCGUCAUCACAACUGUACGUCCCCCUCGUGUUUGUUGCUACCCCAACGCAUCUCAUACUGCUGCCUGCCGGUCUGAAUGAGCUACAGCAGUGGCGCAAGCUGCAACCAAAGACGGCCCAUCUCCCCUUGACGGUGCAGCUGCAUGGCGAUACCCCGUCCGAGCAGCUCGGGCAGUCAUCCACGCCUGGUGGGAGUCGCGGGCUACCUGCGUCCACCCCCUCCAAGGCACCGGCAGCUCUGCGGCAGAAUUUGUUGAGCAGUGGCGAAGACGCGUCGCACCGGCCCCGCAACGGUGCUACCGCAGUGGCGGCCGGUGCUGACGGAGGAGCAGGCGGGCGGGGUGUAACGGCGCCCAUGACGAUGAACAGUGAGGCGGAGCCCUCGUACACUUGCGGAGACGGAGGCGCAGGCGCAGCAGCAGCAGCGGCAACACCAAAUAAUGGUGGUGGACGGCGACCCCCACGAGGCCUCAGCGGACCACCUGCGUGCGAGGGAGAGACGCCGCUGCCGCUGGCGUCGUCGUCGUCGUCGUUGUCGCGCAGCAGCGGCACGCAGCGCGGUGGGGACGCCGUCGCCCUCCCUCCUCGAUCUUUCUCCGCCGCCCCCUCGCCGGGUGCCGGUGCUGCGGCAGCAGGCGGCAAACACAGCAGUAACAGCAGCAGUCGUCGAGGUUUGGCAGGUAACGCGGAAGGGGCCGUCACGGCCGAUGGAAACGCGGUGCAAGGCAGCAACAACACCGCCUCCGCCGCCGCAUCCUCUGCGAAGGAAUCGCGCGGUGACGGGGCGUUAAACGCAGAAGCGAAUGCACCACUUAGCGCCAGUCAGCAGCGGCGACUUGCACGAAAGCGUGCGAUUCAGGCCGCUGAGAUGGGCCGGCCGGUCCUGGUGAAGCCUCUCUGGGCACUUCACCUUGGUCAGCACACCCUCGAUGUCGUGCCGCUGCAGUCGUCGCCGUUCCCCUUUCAACGAGUAGAGGACGUCCCUCUCACAGCAGCGGCGGCAGCGACAGUCAAAGUAUCCAGAGCGAGCGCCGAGGCAGCCUCGACCUCAGGAACAGAGAGAACAGCUGUGUCGACAGUCGCCGUCAACAACCUCCACGAAUACCGCACUUCUCUCUCGCCUGCCAGUGCGCACCACCCCCACCAUCACCGCCGCCGCCACAGCAGCAGCAGCAACAGUCGGCAGCGUCAUGACUUAGCCCGAGCCAACUCCACCUCCCCCUUCUCCCUCGACUCCUCCUCCUCCGCCUCCGACCUACGCGACAGCUCGGACGUGGUGGAGGCGCGCAGCAGCGUCACGCAGCACGGUGGCGCUCAGCACGAUCGUCUCCGGCGACGGGUGGCGCACAGCAGCCGCGACGGCGGUGAGGCGACGGACGCCGCGACCGUCAGCAACAUCGUCCAGGGCUCCGCCUCGGUGGCUGGUUGGACACCCGAUCGCAGCGGCAGCGGGCGGGCACCAACGCACACCUCGCGACGACGGCGGCCGCCUCACCUGCAGGCCGUGCAAGCGGACAGCGGGAGUGCCAGCGACGCAAGCAACGACUCAGACGACGGCAGCAGCGAUGCAGGAAGUACGAGCAGCGGGGUGCGGUUUCGCCUUCCCGGUGCGGCGGAGGACGGUGGUUCUCGUCGAGAAGACGGCGAAUUCCAGGAAGGCGCCGUGGAAAGUGAACACGACCCCUCUUCUUCCUCCUCCGCUUCUUAUUCCUCAACGGACGAGGAUACCUCCAACGAAGGCGACAGCAGCAACGAUGCGGACGAGGGGAGUUCCUCGAGGAACUCGCACAGCAGCAGCAGCGACAGCAGCGACAGCGAAGGUGCCGCAGCGGUCGAUCCAUCGCUGCUGGCCAAAAGUCUCGCGCGGAUGCGGGUGGAGAGCGUGCCCGCGAUGCUGCUGCGCCGCGUGACCGCCGCUUCAUCUACCACCACCACAAAAGCAACCAAAGCAAGAGGAGCGGAGGCGACCAGCAUUGCCCCAACGCCGCACACCGACAAAGACGGGGUUGGAUGCAUCACCGCCGCGACAGCGCUCAGCGGCGGGCACACCUCCCUGAUGGACCUCGCCAACGUGGAUGUGCGGAGAGGGCACCACCACGCGCGUCGCCAUCGUCGUCGCCACAGCUGCUCUGCUAAACCCACGGAGACCUCCACGCAGUUUGACGACGCGCACGCAGCCGAUGUCGAUGCGAGCGCCGUCGGAGGUGACGGGUGUGAUGUGCGCCUGCCCACUUCUGUCGACGUCGCCGUCGGCGCCUCGCAGGUGGCAGUGGCGCUCAGCUGCGAGGACGGCCUGGCGAUUGAGUUGCGCUUUGCCGUGGAGAAGUUCUCGUCGCUGCAUCGCCGCGCGCGUCACCGCACAGACGGGGUUCUUUGUCUCUUCGACCUGCGCCAUCCCGUGUGUCCACGUCAGCUUCUCGGACGCCGGCGAAGCAAGCACCGAGACAGGGUACAGCACGACGGCGGAGGUAGUGGUGGUGUGGGUGACGGUGCGGUGGGGCGGAGAGGUCGUCCUCCUUAUCCGCCGCCGCCGCAUCCUCAGCAGCAGCAACAGCAGCAGCAGCAGCAACGAUCAACGCAGCCGGCUUCCUCGCCCUCCUCUCCGAUGACGGUCCGCAGCUUCCCUAGAAUGGAAAAGCCUGCUCACCGGCGCAAGGCCAACCACCGGGGCAGCUGCCCACCGACCUCUAUAAUUUAUCUGCCCCUGCCGACGCCUGGGUCUGCGGUGAGUCGAUCCACGUCUUCAUCGCCACAGCAGCAGCAGCAGCAGCAGCUGUCGGUUUCCUCCACAUCCCGGGUGCACAGCAACGGUGCUCCUGCGGGUGGUUUGGACGCCUUUGGUGUUGGGGCAAGCGGCAACAAGGCGGUGAUGCGGACGUGCGCUACCCGCAAUGCACAGGCCUCAUCAAGCAGUUCCGCGAGUGCGGUGAAGGGGUGUGGUAGAAAGCAAGACAAAGCAGCAUCACAGCCGCAGCAACCGCCGAAGCAGUUACAGCACCGCGGCGGUGACGACAGAGACACGAGCAUCGGCGACUCUCCUCGCUCGCGUCGCCGCGAGAAAGACGAAGGGGUGGUGCUCCGCGCGCGGUGUCUGUGGGCGGCGCGACUGGGCGACAGCCCCCUCGUCCAACGCGCGCGUGUCUUCAGUGUGAAGGACAACCACCACGACAACGCCUUCUGCACCGUUUUUGUUGCUGCGAACGGCACGUGCUAUGCGAUCGACGGCGACACCCUCUCCGUCGUGGAGUGCUCCGUCAAGGAGGACUGCAGCUCCUUCACGGUGAUGGCAGGUCCGUAUACGACCAUGCCCCUCCCCCGGGUAGACGCCUCCGCGUUUGAGACGUCGCCCUCACCAGGAGGUGGAGGGGAGGACGCGGACGCUUU